CUUACUCGCACGUAAUAAAAAUCUCCAGUCAUUUAGCAAUAACCAUUCAGUUAUAUUUUCACUCUUGUGCCAUAUAGAGGCUAAACUUUAGUUUUAUAAUCCUGAAUUAAAUAAAAUAAUUAUGGCAUCAUAUAAAAUUGAAGUUGUUGAAUCAUCCCCAAUAUCAGUUCUGGGUGAAGGUCCACAUUGGGAUGUAGAGCGCCAAAGCUUGUAUUAUAUCGACAUUUAUGGAACAAAUCAAUCAAUUUCUCGUUACGAUUACAAUGCAGGCAAGACUUAUAAUGCAAAAAUCCCCGGACACCCAGUAAUAUCCUUCAUCAUUCCUGUUGAUGGAACAAAAGAUCAAUUCUUAGUCGGAGCUGAAAAGAAAUUGAUUAUAAUUGAGUGGGAUGGUAAGAGCAAUGAGGCGAAAGCUGUUAACGUUGUCGGUGAAGUGGAAUUGGAUAUGGAAGAAAAUCGAUUUAAUGAUGCAAAAUGUGAUCCCUUUGGACGAUUCUAUGGAGGCACAAUGAGACUUGAACUGGUUCAUGAUAUUUUCGAAAAGAGAUUGGGAACACUUUAUCGUUAUACAAAAAAUGAGCAAUUUGUACCAAUAAAACGGAAUGUUGGCAUCAGCAAUGGCUUGACAUGGAAUGAAAAAACUAAUAAAUUUUACUUUAUCGAUUCUGUCGAUUUGGAUGUCAAAGAGUUUGACUAUGAUCCUACUACUGGAAACUUGUCAAACGAACGCGUCGUUGUUGACUUUAAAAUCAAUGGUGAACGUCCAAAUUUUGUGCCUGAUGGAAUGACAAGUGAUACAGAUGGAAAUCUCUAUGUUACAACGUUUGGUGCUUGGAAAAUUUUCAAAAUUAAUCCCAAAACGAAUACAAUUGAACUCGAGAUUAAAAUGCCAUGUGAACAAGUUACUAGCGCAGCAUUUGGUGGACCGAAUUUAGAUAUCUUAUAUGUGACAACGGCAAGUCAAGAAAGAGCAACAAAGCAACCACCACCCUCUGGUAGAUUAUUCCAAAUCACAGGACUUGGCGCAAAAGGCACUCCAAUGAAGAGCGUCAAAUUGAAUUGAAAAUGUGUUAAAAUCCUAACAAGAUUUUUCCGUCUUCAAUAAAAAUAAAAUAAAAUAAAAGAGAGAAAAGAAAAUUCAAUUUUGACCACAG